AUGUCGAAACAAUAUCUCUCGUGGGGUGCUGCGGAUAAUGCGCACUCUGUUGACAUAUUCGCUCUGGCUGUAACAGACAAGCAAGUUCUGUCCGUGUCAGGCUCUCCUUCUAUUAAAGUGCACUCGACUGCAGACUCGGAGUUUCCACUGGUCCAAUCCAUCGAUGAUGCCCACGAGAUUGGGUGCCACCACAUCGUGACCGAUGCCCGUGGCUCACGUGCAAUCAGUGCUGGAUUUGAUGGUAAAAUCAAGGCUUGGUCUUGCCAGGAUGGCUACUGGGCUGCCGACCAACAGCUGAUUGCCGACCUCAAGGCAGUUGAUCUUUGGGCCAUUGCUCUGACUGAAGAUGGACAGUACCUUGCUGGUGUUACCAAGGACGGGCGCGUCAAUGUAUUCGACUUGGCUGCUGGCGGUACUCAAAUCCGAAACCAUGAGACUAAGGGUAGCUUCGGCUACUGUAUUGACUUGUCUGCUGAUGGUCGAUUCCUUGCUACUGGCCACGAGAACGGUGCCGUCUACAUCUUUACUACUGAAACAGGACGUAUGCCGUUCUCCCUCUCAGGAUUGGUCAAGCCCGUGAGAAGCGUGGCCUUCUCUCCUGGAGGAAAGAUCCUGGCAGCAGCUGGUGACUCAAAGGUGAUUGUGCUCUACGACACUUCUUCUGGAGAGCAAAUUGCCAACCUAUCCGGUCAUUCUGGCUGGAUCAUGUCCCUUUCUUGGAGCAACACUGGUGAAUAUCUUCUAAGCAGCUCAUUCGACGGCAAGGUAAAAGUCUGGUCCAUGGAGACCAAGAACUGUGUUGCAACACACUCCGAGACAGAGAAGGCCCUGUGGAGCGCCAAGUGGCUCCCAAAGAUUGGGAAGACUGAGGGAUUUGCAACCGCUGGUGCGAACCGAAGCAUUGCAUUCUAUCGCGAAGCCACGGGCUAA